AUGGUGACCUUUACAAUCAUCGACGAGACGAACACCACCGCUAUCCAAGAGAUAGCCACAAGUAUGCCUUCUUCAGACAUGGAAACCACGACAGCAGACUACAUGGAUUACAGCGAAGAGCGUGCCAAAAUUGGUGCUAUUCUUCCAAAGCCCUUUGCACUGCUAUCCUUGAUCUGUUCGUACGUCAUGAUUCGAGAAGUUAUUGCAGAGCACAGGUUGAAGAGGGGCCGACCGAUGUUGCGAAUGCUCUUGGCAAUGGCGAUGGCCGACAUCUUCUACAGCUUUGCCUCAUUUCUUGGCACUUGGCCAGCACCUGGAGAUGUGGAGCACACGAUGUAUGGAAACAUUGGUUCUCAGGGUUUCUGCACAUUCCAAGCAUUUGUACUUCAUUUUGGAUUGAUGGCAUCUGUGCUGUCAAAUGCAGCUCUAUCAAUCUACUAUCUGAAUGUGGUGGUUUACAGAAAGACGGACAGAGACCUGGAGAAAAUGGAGAUCUAUCUUCAGUCCUUCAUUUGGAUUGUUUCAUUGGUACUUGCAAUCUACCCAAUUCCCAUGGAACUUUACAAUCCAGAUGUAGACCUCUGUUAUCUUCAGUCAAUCCCUGCGUUUUGCUCUGGUGACGACUGCAUCCGCGGCUCUGACCCUUUUAUCCCUCAUAUGAUCGCCCUUGGGAUUCCAUUUCUAUUUUUGAUGCUCAGCACUUGCAUCAUGAUUGCCAUUACUAUUCAAGUGAGAAAAGUGGAGAACAAGAGCCGCAAAAUAUGGAGCAAGCAGCAUUGGCCCGCCACCUAG